AACUCAACAAAAUAGUUCUCUGUGGGACGAUAACAUUUUAUACAUAAAAAGGUGAAAAUUUAACAAAAUCUGUAAAAAAUUCAAACAUUUGCAAUAAAAAAUUUCCCCAAACAAUAUACAGAUAUAUUAUAUGGUCUGCCAGUGGAUGUACCACCAAACAAUCAAUGCUUGAACUUGAAUUCAAAAUAAAACGAGCGGAAAUACAAAACUCGUACAAAUUGAAAUCGAAAACUAAGAGGGCCACGAAGGAGCGAGUAAAUGCAUGAAUGUUGCUGAAUAUGGAGCAAAUAAAGAUAGAAAACAACGGUCAUCCACAGAAGAGGAGACGAUACCAAAAAGAUUCGUCCUCCACAGAUGACAUUGUUACAACGUUGAUACAUUUGGUGCGACAAAAUCCAGUUCUAUACAAUUAUAAAUUACAACCAAAUCAACGAAGACGUAGUGAUAUUUUAAAUGGCUGGGCGCAAAUUGCAGCCGCCAUUGGAAAUCGAUAUUCCGUUGAAGAGUGUCGUCGAAAAUGGAAGAAUCUACGCGAUACCUAUCACCAGUAUCGUCUACGAAAAUCCAAAAUAGGCGAUGGCCUAUCGAAAUGGCGAUAUGCCAAAGAUAUGGAAUUUCUUUCGAAUGUCUAUCAGCCCAAAUUGAAAUCGAAUCGUACACAAAAUUUCAACACAACCACAACCCAAGAUAAUCUACUGCACAGUGUGUCGGAGAGUAAUGAUGAACACGAUCAAGUGGUACACCAGGAUAUGGUACAUUCUAGCAUAAUUUCGGUAAAUGAUGCCGACACUUUUAUACUGACCUCAUACGAGGAUGUGACACACGAUAACGAUGUGACCCAUGAAGAUCACAAUAUGUCACACAAUGAGCUGAAUCAUGACAAUAAUAGUAUAGAAAAUUGUGUGGAAAUAGUUAAACAUGAACAGCACACAAAUUUAGAUGACGAUGGCAAUACUGCGGCCGAGGUCGACUAUGAGGAGGUGUGUUUGUAUGAAGAAUCUGGCAAUACGCCUAGCGUGGAUUGUGAGACAAUCAUUGGAGCUCCGGUAACGAAUUCCGCCAACUCGGAUGAUACAAAAUUUCAAUAUAUCGAUACAAAUGAUUUUUGUAUAGGCUCAAUGAAUCCAACACGUUCACAAUACUCGAGUAGUGCCAGCAGUGUUAUUGGAGCAUCUGGUACAAUAAAAUUGAAAAGCUUGCCCAUGGUGAGUUCAUCUUCGGCAUCAAUGGUUCCAACUUCAUCAAAUAAUACGCUGGAUACGUCGCCAACAUGUGUUACCAUACCAGCCAUGCAACAUAUGGAGCAAUUGCCGGAAUUAACACCGGUUGUGACUAGCUCGACGAAAACAGCAACAGCUAAUACCCCGGCAACUGUAAUGGUUAAGACCGACCCGAACCCGACCUUAUUGGCGGCAUCGACAAAUUCAUCAAAUACUCACAAUGGUAACAACAACAACCAAAACCAUCAGUCGUCACAUCAGCAACAACAUCACUCCCAUCCGCCCACAUACUCAAAUAAUGCGACACAUGUCCAUAAUUCAUCGACCAACAAUAACGGCACUAAUAUGGGAACAAUAUCCAUUGCAACUACGACCAUGUCCGCCGGACCCACAUGUAUGGUAGCAGCCGAUUAUUGUAAUCACCAACGAGAGGAGUGUGAUUUAUUUUUUGAUUUCCUUAAAAAGAAAAUACAACGUUUUCCACCUGAAGAGAUAACAUCGAUACAGGUGGAAUUCCUCAAUUGUGUUUUACGCCGAGAGGCUGAACAUGCCCAGAAAAUAGCACACCAACAACAACACCAUCAUCAGCAGCAGCAACAACAACAGCAUAAUAUGAAAUGAAUGUGCUGAACAUUUUGUGGCCUGUCUUAUUUAAUUUAUAUCAAGUAUGACCCCAAACACCACACAUACACACCCACCCAACCCGCCAUCCUUAAAGGUUUCGAUCGAUAGCAGAUGUUAUGUCCUUUACAUAUUACGUACAGUAUAUGUUUAAGUUUAGUGUAAUUUAGUUAAUAGGUUAAUAUAGUGUAUCAAUUAUUUAAUAAAUAAAUUAUCUAAUUGAAA